AACCAGAAUUCAGCUGCAGCUGGCCAAUGACAGAACCUCCGGGUUGAAGAGUAAAACAGCCAAUCCGAAUCAGUGUUUCAUUUGGCUAGUAAGAGGAGGUGUCAUGUUGCGUUCCUGGCUGUUAGUGCCAAUUAUGCUCGGCUGGUCUCGCGAUGUCCUUUCAGUAGCAGCAAACCCGUAACCCAGAAUUGUGUGCACGGAUCAGACAACUGCAGCAGCCCUAAAGUCUGUAGCACGGUUUCUAGACUAGCAGCAGCCAGGAGCAGAAGCAGUGGCGCAAGGGGCAUUGCAGAGAGGAUCCGCCACCCCGUCUGUUGGGGGUAUUGUUUUCUGCUAUUGCUGGGGUCCUUUCGGUGGCAGUUCCACCUGACUUUUGGUUGUAUUUUCCUGGAUUAUUGUUUGACUGAGGACUCGGCUCUUUCACCCGCCGCCCCCGUAGCUCUUUGCGUGCAGAUGCAUUAUAGAAAGUUGUUUUGUAAAAAGUCUUUUAAUGAAGAGAGAGGCUCCCGGAAUGCGGUUGAAUAAUGGUUAUGAAACUAGUAUUUGCCUUUUUUUCUGUUAAGGAUGGCGUGGAUUUGUGAAUGUGAAGGGUCUUGAAGUUUUUUGCCUUCCAUCUUUUACGUGCAUUGGUGCAACUCAGGGAUUCUGUACCAAUGUGGAGACCAUAUGAACCUCUGAUUGGACCACACCAUUUCCUGUUGUAUGAAGGAGGGUGCUUUGCCCUUGGGGAACAACUUCUGUAGGCUGACAUGUCAGUGAUGAGAUCCGACUUGGGCACCAUGAAGAUCCUUCACUUGAAGAAGAGAGGCUGUUUUCUGCUGAAGCUUUUGUGUCUGGUUGUCUUGAUGUUAAUCUUUUGUGAAUUCUUAGUUUAUUAUGUGGUGAUAUUUCAGUGUCAUUGGCCAGAAGUUAAAAUAGAAGCUCUCAGGAGUAGCAGACAGUCUUCAGCUUCUGUCUUGAAGGCCAUGUUUUUAUCUGAUACCCACCUGCUUGGUGAAAUCAAAGGGCAUUGGCUAGACAAAUUAAGAAGGGAAUGGCAAAUGGAGAGAGCCUUCCAAACUGCCUUGUCGUUACUGGAGCCAGAUAUUGUUUUCAUCCUAGGAGACGUCUUUGAUGAAGGAAAGUGGAGCUCCUCCCAGGCCUGGGCAGAUGAUGUCAGGCGGUUUCAGAAAAUGUUCCGACAUCCAGUUCGCACUGAGCUAAUGGUGGUUGUUGGCAACCAUGACAUUGGCUUUCAUUAUGAAAUGACUACUUACAAGUUAAAACGGUUUGCAAAAGUUUUCAACUUCACCUCAGGAAAGCUAAUAACCCGGAAGGGGGUAAACUUUGUCAUGGUGAACAGUGUUGCCCUGGAAGGUGAUGGGUGCACUGUCUGCAGCAGGGCAGAGGCAAAGCUCAUGAAGCUUUCUCAUAAACUGAAUUGCUCCCAACAGCAGGAACAGAAUCAUUCCAACAAAAGAUGCAGCGGUGUGGAACAGCUUCCAGCUUCAGAACCAAUCCUUUUACAGCAUUACCCUCUUUACAGAAGAAGUGACGCUGAAUGUACCGGAGAAGAUUCUGCUCUUCCAGAGGAAAAGAAUACCCCGUUUAAAGAAAAGUAUGAUGUACUUUCUAGAGAGGCUUCACAAAAGUUGUUAUGGUGGUUUCAUCCCCGUUUGAUUCUGAGCGGCCAUACCCACAGUGCAUGUGAAGUGUUGCAUAAUGGGAAGAUUCCAGAAAUCAGUGUCCCAUCAUUUAGCUGGAGGAACAGAAACAACCCUAGUUUCAUCAUGGGCAGCAUAACACCAACUGACUUCUCCCUCUACAAGUGUUUCCUUCCACUUGAGAGCAGAGUUACUACUAUAUACUGUAUAGCAGGGGCUCUACUUGGGCUACUGAUACUAGCUCAUCUUCAACUUUUCAAUCCACCUUUUUAUUUUGCUCAGCACUUAAUCAGAAAGCAUAAAGCAGUAUGAAGAGCCAGACAUCUGCAUUCAGUUACUGAAAUACCAAAGCUGAGAACAGUCAAACAUCAGACUAUAUUCAUGCCAGCAAAUGACCUAAUUGGAUUGUUAAUCCGAAGGCAGGUCGCAUUUACACAUACCAUAGAAAUCCUACACAGUUGAUAUGACUACUAUAGGAUAAAUAAUUAACUAAAAUGAACUGUUUUCAUGCUGUACAAAAAUACAGUAUUCUACAAUCAAA